AUGCCCAAAAAGACUGGAAAAAAAGGGGGUUACGAUGUCUCUGACGAAACGCUUGACGCUUUGGUUGAGGCAAUUGAGGGUGAUUCGAAUUUAAAUUUACAAAAAAGUUCUAAAAAGGGAAUGACAAAAAAACAAGCCUUGGCUCUUAGUGAAAAGAAGGUAGAUGAUGUUAUUUGUAAGAUAAAAGGCACCAAAAAUGGAAUGACGUUUAAUGAGGAACAGCUACGAAUGGCACUAUUUGCUCAACGUAUGAUGCAGGAAAAGGCCAUUCGGGAUGCUCAAUAUCUUAAUGUUGUUGUGCCUUUGAAGGAAGAUCAAAUAAAAUGGCAAGAAGUGGCACCAAAGAGAUAUAUCCGUUAUGAACAAUUUGAUGGGAGUCAAAAUGCAAUGGAGUUUGUUGUUGGCCUCUUUACAAAGGAACUUACGGAGCCCUAUAGCAGUUUUACAUAUGAAUAUUUUGUCUUUGGAUGGCCUGAUCUCACAGUAAUUGCUUAUGGAAUUGAAAGUGAGACGUUUCCAGAUUCGUCUGUUAAGGGAGAACGCGUGGGGGCUGUUGUUUCCCGUGUAACUCGAAAAGGGCCUGGUCGCCCUCUUAGAGGUUAUGUGGCGAUGUUUGCCGUUGUACCCGAAUUUCGUGGAUUUCGGUUGGGAGGCCGUUUGGUAGCUCUUACCAUUAAUUUGAUGAGAGAAAAAGGAUGUGAAGAGGUUUACUUGGAAACUCCUUUAAUGAACGAACGUGCAUUAUCACUUUACCUGGGUUUAGGUUUUGUAAAAACCAAAUUUUUACCAAGGUAUUAUCUUGAUCAGUCCGAUGCUGUUCGUCUUAAACUUUGGCUGAAUGUUGCCAUAACUUCUUCUGAAGAAGCAGCGAUUGGGACAGGGGACGUGCAUGAAAUUUCUUAA